AUGGGACUCGCAGCGCCCAAGAAGCGAAUGAAAUUGUCCCACGAUCCAAAUAACACAAAAUGGACCAACGACACCGAAUCCUUCGGCCUCAAGAUUAUGACCUCCCAAGGCUGGCAGCCAGGCGACUACCUCGGAGCCAAGAAUGCUGCCCACGCUGAAUUCCACACCGCUGCCAACGCAUCACAUAUCCGAGUCUCCGUCAAGGACGAUAAUCUCGGCCUUGGGGCGAAGAUUGGAAGCGGUGUAGGCCAUGGAGAAUGCACAGGCCUUGAUGCGUUCACAAAUUUACUAGGGCGAUUGAACGGGAAAGACGAGGAAGAAUUGGAGAGAGAGCAGAAAUCGAGGGAAGAUUUGAAGAGGGCGAUUUAUACGGAGCGGAGAUGGGGGAGUAUUCGUUUCGUCCCUGGGGGCUUUCUGAUUGGUGAUAAGAUUCAACACUUGAUUGAUUCGGAGGCGGAGAGGAUACGGAGGCUUGCCGCAGGAAGUAUUGACGACUCAACUGAUUGUUCUUCAUCGAAAUCAGACAAUGAAGCUGCUGUGGUAGAGCCCCAGCCCCGAAAAUCCAAAAAGCGGAAAAUAGAGGUGCUGGAGACCGACGCCGAGGUUGUGGCUAUCAAAGUCAAGAAAUCGAAGAGGAGGCGGAAGUCAUCAACUACUCUUGACGGUGCUGAAGAAGUUGCUGCGGCAAUGGGGGAGGUGAAGAUCUCGAAAAAGAAGUCCAAGAAGGACCGAAAGCAGCGGGUGUCGGAGGAAAGUGAGGACGAUAUCGAGAUCAAGAAGCGGAAGAAGGAAAAGAAAGAGAAGAAAGAGAAGGCAACUUCUGAUGUGGAGAUGGCCGAAAAGGAGUCAAAGAGAAAGAAGAAGUCGAAACGAGACAAGGCCAAAGAGGCUGAGAACGAUGCUGAAUCUGCGGAAUCUACUCAGACUUCGACCAAGGACAGCACCCCUUCAACACCUCUUACAGUCGAGUCUAGUGGUCGCUCUACGCCUAUGAUGCAGGGUAGACACGCCGUUAGAGCACGAAACAUUGCUCAGAAACGGCUGGCGCAUAUGGAUGUGGCGUCAUUGAAUCAGAUCUUCAUGAUCAAAUCACAGUCAUAG